CAUGCACGUCUGCUGCUGUAACGUGCGCUCGAAGCGUUGUUAUAAAAAGAGGAGGCGGUGCUCCAUGACGCAACAGCUUUUAUUAGCCAAUAGAGAGCGCGAUAUGUAAAUGAGCUCGUGUAAAGCAGGAAGUGCGGUUGCACCUCUGUCUGUCCAUAGAUGAGACGAGGAGGGAAGAAAAUGCUAGAAAGGACCACGGAUAAUGCAACGCUAAAUAAACACACUGUGUCCUAACGACUGAGCACAAAUCUACAUUUGACCAAUACAGGGAAACGGAGCUGUUUGUGAUCGAUUGGGGAACGAGAGAAAUUGACCAGAUCACUGUGAACCACAGUCCACACCCAUAAUAUCAGAGAAUACAAGAUCACAUUCCAAGACCCAUCUAACUUACAAACGCAAAUAUGAACACUCACGAAUCUGAGGUGUACACGGUGGCGCCGGAGAUGCCGGCGAUGUUUGACGGCAUGAAGUUGGCGGCGGUGGCCACAGUUCUCUACGUCAUCGUCCGGUGUCUAAACUUGAAAAGUCCCACAGCUCCGCCGGAUCUCACUUACCAGGAUACAACACUCAGCCACUUCCUGCUCAAGUCCUGUCCUAUUCUGACCAAAGAGUACAUACCUCCUCUUCUAUGGGGUAAAAGCGGUCAUCUGCAGACAGCCCUCUAUGGAAAGUUGGGUCGGGUCAGUUCACCACACCCGUUCGGCCUGCGCAAAUAUCUGCCCAUGCAGGACGGGGCCACGGCAACUUUUGACCUCUUUGAACCCCUGGCGGAUAAUCAGUCCGGAGAGGACGUCACCAUGGUCAUCUGUCCUGGCAUUGGGAACCACAGUGAAAAGCACUACAUCCGCACGUUUGUGGACCAUUCGCAGAAACAGGGCUACCGCUGUGCUGUGCUCAAUCACCUCGGGGCCUUGCCGAACAUUGAGCUUACCUCGCCUCGCAUGUUCACCUAUGGUUGUACAUGGGAGUUUGCAGCAAUGGUGGGCUUCAUCAAAAAGACAUACCCACAGACCAAACUUAUUGUCGUGGGCUUCAGUCUGGGGGGAAAUAUCGUGUGCAAGUUCCUGGGAGAGAACCGAACCAACCAGGAGCGGGUUCUGUGCUGUGUAAGCGUGUGCCAGGGCUACAGUGCACUAAGGGCUCAGGAGACGUUUCUGCAGUGGGACCAGUGCCGUCGUUUCUAUAACUUCCUGAUGGCCGACAACAUGAAGAAGAUCAUUUUGUCCCACAGGGGCGUGUUAUUCGGAGUGGGCUCCACUAAAAUGGUGGAUGCGGAUCUGAGCCGGCUCUACACUGCCACAUCUCUCAUGCAGAUAGAUGACAACAUCAUGAGAAAAUUCCAUGGGCACAACUCUCUGAAGGAGUACUACGAGAAGGAGAGCUGUGUUCAUUACAUUCAUAAUAUAAAUGUGCCUCUGCUGCUGGUGAACUCUGGUGACGAUCCGCUUGUGCACAACUCACUGCUCACCAUUCCUCGCACACUCGCAGAAAAGAAAGAAAACGUGGUCUUCGCUCUGACGCUGCACGGUGGACACCUGGGUUUCUUCGAGGGCGCUGUGCUGUUCCCUCAGCCCCUCACCUGGAUGGACAAGGUCAUUGUGGGCUACGCCAAUGCCAUCUGCCAGUGGGAGAAACAGAAACCACCGUGCCUAAGUCAAGGCGCCCAUUCCAGCGAAACCAAAUGCCAAGACGGUAAAGCCUAACCGAGCCGAUCUCCGUUUCACCUCCACGUGACAUUUUCACCACGCACACGAGGGGUCGGACCACCAUCUUCAAGCGUUCACUGUCAGUGGGAAUAUUUGUUUCUCUUUUUAUCACGGUUUAUCAACAUGAAUGGUAAUGACUUUCCAUGGGAGAAAACAAUGCCACUCGAUGACCAAAAAAACAAUCUGUGUAGCGAGGGCAACGUUUUAGAUUUACUGCAGUUUGUAGUUAUUUAGAUACAAUCAGUAUCUCUUGCUCUCUAAUUAGGACACUGAAAACUGAAAGUUUAUCACUGCUAAACAGGAUCUAGCAGAGCUGGGUGAAUCUCACAAAAAUCCAAGUCAAAAACUAUUUUUGGAUAAUAUUAAAAGAUAUUUUGCAUAAAUAAAAUGAAGCAUACUUUUGAGACAAUUAAAAUACUCCGCAUUUUAAUUCAAAUGUAAGCACAUUUCUCCCCAUUUUUGUUUUUGUUUUUGUUUUAGGCAAUUUUUUUUUGGUUAAGUUCAGUUAUUUUGUGGGGUUAUUUUCCUUUAUUUUUGUGGUGAUCCUCAUGCUUUUACUGUGUUGCACUAACAAAAUGCUGUAAUACAAAUAAAUCAACAUUAAUGAAAGGCAGUGCAACAAAUAAUACCUUUAUUACAAUUAAACAAUAAUAAAUAAUUUUCACAUUAGUAUUUUAGGAUAAUGAGAAUUGCAUGAUUGUCUCAAUGCACAAAUGUAAUGGUCCUCAAAAUAAGCUUAAUUUCUUCUUUCUUUCAUUGGUUUUUGGAUUGAAAUAUGAUGUUCUUGACCGGUUUUGUGAGAUUCCCCCAGCUGGCUUAUUAAAACGACACACGAACCUUACUGUACACAACACAUGAGUUUAUGGGAAGUGAGUGUAAUGCAGGCACUAUGUGCUUAUUGAUACGACCGGCGCGCUGUUUGAGUGAAUAUUGUCAUUUGAUAUUUGAGUUUUUGGUCUGGUAACCGUUUAAGCACAGGCUAGCAUUCAUGUCACUCUAACUAGACCUUGUCAAGUAUACCAUAGUGUGAAACUUCAUUAAUCAUGAAGCCUUGUCGGUUGAAUCCAAGUCACAUUCCUAGUCGAUGCAUUUUUGUUUAGCACUUUUAUAUGACGUUUGCCAUACAAUCUGGGACUAGCCGACAAUGUUAAAUCUAGAAAUGAGAAAGGGCAACAAGAGGGAGAGAGGAAGCCUGGAAUGAACUCUCGUGAUUAGCAAAACGCCUCCGUCGCGGGCCGUCCCACAAGCACUACGACCCAGUUUUAGAUGGCAAAUCCCAUUCCGCUGAAGAGCAGCACACGCUGUUGCUGCAGUAUUGACUGGUGUUUGUGGAGAACCAUUGAAGUCGGUAGAUCUAGAUUGUGUAACAUGUUGAUUUGGGACCCAGUGGGAGACACCAGUGCACUUCAUGGUGCGCGUCUGUGAAAACUGGUUACUUAAAGGGAUUUGUGCUGUAGUAUCGUUUUAGGUUUUUUUCUUUGUUGUUCAUUUUUGUGCAAUUACUUGAUGCAUUUGUUUCUUUACUCUCGGAAUCAAGACUUGUCUGAAAUGGAACUGAUCUUGUUACGCAUUAAAAGAAUCUAAUGCAGAGGGGAAAAUAUAUCAGUUUAAAUUUGAAGGGAACAUUCAAAGUGUUGUUUCCAAAGGCUCGUGCGGAAACUUUAACGCAGCAGUUUAGUGCAGUUAGACUUGCUUUGUUUCAGGGAAGCUGUCAUACAUAUAAAUCUCACAAAAUGGCUAGGUAAUAUUUCACCACACAAUAGAAAAAGUAAAAAAAAAAAA